AUGCGGAUUCAAGCCGAGGCCGCAGGGCCUCGUGCCAGCUCCGCGACAUCUAAGGAAUCAAGACAGAGUUUGCGCGAGAUUCAUGUCAAUCGGAUGAAGCUCUUUGAUCGUGCACAUGCAGUGCAGCGUCGUCUCCUCCACGAAGAGCGGGAGAUACGUCGUGUAGGCAACCGCAGGCAAUCAUCGUGGCUGUUUCGUGAUUCCAAGAGACCGCAAGAAGACGCCGUGGAGCUGCCGUCACCUUUUGCUAGCAAUAUAGUCGUGAGUGCCAAGUACAAUGCCUGGAAUUUCUUGCCGCGCGUACUGUUGGCGCAGUUGCAGCGUCCAUCGAACGUGUAUUUUCUGAUAAUCGCAGUGCUCCAGACUAUUCGAGAAGUGAGCAAUACAAACGGUAUUCCAACGAUACUAUUACCAUUAUCGGUGGUGUUUAUAUGUAGUGCAAUUAAAGAGGCGCUAGAAGACCGAGAACGUCAUCGAGCUGACCAUAUUGCUAAUAGUCGACCAGUUCUGACACUUACAUCGUUGGGCAAUUGGGAGCAAAGACAGUGGGGAGAUUUAUGUGUAGGCGAUAUUGUUAAGGUGAUGAAUGACCAAACUAUUCCGGCGGACUUGUUCCUGCUGUCGGUCGAAGCAAUGGAACACGACAACGAAAGCGGUGGAAGGCACGAGAAACAAACGCCAAAGCCUGCAAAACCAAUGGAAUGGCAAUCUGUAGACAAAUUGGAAGGUGGGAAGAGUUGUACCGGUAAUGCUUUGAGACUUGUUGGAUCUGUGGAUGAAGAAAAAGAUGCACGCGAAUUGGCGCCGGCAAUGGAGCAGCAAACAACGGAGACUGACCUGGCAUACAUUGAGACGAAGUCGUUGGACGGUGAAACAAAUCUUAAGAUUCGUACAGCCUUGCCGUUGGUGGCUGCGCUUUGUCGACAAUCGAACUGUAAAAACCGGACCAAUGAUGGUGGUGGACACAAUGAACUGCGUGGAACGAUGAUUUGCGAACAGCCAAAUAAUCGUAUUACCAGCUUUGAAGGCACGUUUUCGGCCAUACUCAGCUCAGAUCAAGCAGAGGCAUUAGGUGUAAAAGAAGGUGGCUCAAACAAUGCAAGGCGUUUGUCUCAGCCAACAUCCCCAGUACAGUAUGCUGGCGAUUCGAAUAUAGAUGGUCUUGUGUGCGUGAGCAUGCCAGUUACAGCGAAGCAGAUGAUGCUGCGAAGUUGUGUACUCCGAAAUACAGGCUCGAUUACAGGUAUGGUAGUGUUUACUGGUCACGAGACAAAGGUGUUUUGCAGCAAUACCGAGCCUGUUGUAAAAACCUCGUCCGUGGAAAGGCGACUUAACCAACUCAUUAUCGGUAUUGUAUUUAUUCAGCAGCUCGUUUGUUUUCUGGGUGCACUGCUUGGCGCUCACUGGAUUCACACGGCAGGAGAUUCAUUCUGGUAUCUGCUCAGCACAAGUGAGCGUCCACAUCCUAAUCUGACUGCCGCUCCUCUUGCUGAUCCUCUGGUUGAGCUGGCAAAGUUGCACCUACGAUAUUUCAUCAUUAUGCAAAACUUUGUUCCUAUAUCGCUGAAUGUUUCGCUGGAAUUCGUCAAAUAUUGGCAGGCUUACUUUAUUGAGCAGGACCUAGAGAUGUACGAUGAAUUAUCGGAUACACCUGCCGUGGUUCGAUCGUCAGCCCUCAAUGAAGACCUUGGCCGCGUACGUCAUGUUUUCACAGAUAAGACUGGGACCCUGACAAUGAACCUCAUGCUUUUUCGUUACUGUAUGGUGGGAGGGAAGCACUACGGCGGUCGUCUGGAAGACAAAGAAGCGGAGGUGAAUGUUUCUAGCAAUACUUCGUCUCCAAUGGGUGGCGGUGCCUCGAAAGAUAGUCAAAGGUAUGUUGACUUCGAUCCUACGGAGCUCUUUGCCGACAUGCAGGCGGGAGGAGAGCAGGCAGAAACUCUCCGCCGCUUCUUACGACAUCUCGCAUUGUGUCAUACGCUGAUUCCCACUAAGUCUCUUGCAGAAACGUGCAGCACGUCUUUCCCGGAAUAUUCGGCAUCGUCACCAGACGAGCAGGCGUUGGUAUCUGCUGCAGCGGUUUGCAACGUACGCUUUGUUCAUCGAACGCCAAAUACUAUGAUGCUCUUGGAGCCGGGGCAAGCAGCACCUAGUACGUACAAGCUACUGAACGUACUUGAGUUCGAUAGCGACCGAAAGCGCAUGACAAUGAUUGUAGAGACUCCAACUGGAUCGAUUGAGCUCCUUUGCAAAGGCGCUGAUAAUGUCAUUUUUGAGCGACUUGCUGCUGAUCAGGCGACAUUUUAUGGUGGCAUGUCUUACAAGCAAGCUGCGAGUCAACUGACUCUGUAUGCAAAAGCGGGAAUGCGAACACUCUGUUUAGCGUAUAAAACUAUUGACCGCGAAGAGUACGAUGAUUGGAACGCUCGUUUUACGCAUGCUCAUACUUCCAUGGAGGAGUUAGUGAAACGGCGUCAAGGUCGUGCGAACGCAAUUGAUCCACUCAUGAAUGAAAUUGAGUGCGAUCUAAUUCUAUUGGGAAUCACAGCUGUACAAGACAAACUACAGGCUGGUGUGCCUGCGACGUUAUGUCUACUGCAAGAGGCGAAUAUUAAAGUUUGGACGCUAACUGGCGACAAAAUGGAGACUGCUGUAAAUAUUGGGUACGCCAGUGCGCUUCUUUCUCACGACAUGGACGUACAACAAAUCGGCGGGGACGACUACGUAUCGACAGCUGCAGCGCUAAAAGAAUUACUUCAAUAUCGUGGACCAGGAGCUUCAUCGCAUCAUCUAUCACCAUUCUUGGCUUCGCUUUCUAAUGCUUCUCCAAGGGCAACAGAUAUUCGGCAUCACACUCGAGGUGGUAGACGACGAAAUCAAAAUCAAUCGAACAGCUUUUUUGGUAAUGCAAAGACAGCAAUCUUUGCAUUUCUUCUCAACACGAAAACGAAAAGAAAGAGAACGCGAAAGCCAAGGCGUCACCGAGCGAACCGAGUGCCAAGGACUUCGUCACCAUUUGGCGAUGAUUCUAUGUAUGCAUCAGUUGCGACGGAUGCUGAACAUGCUGACAAGUUCAUGUUUGAUGAUGAGUCACUACACGAUGUUGGGAUUGGGGGUGACAGCAGAGCGACUCACACACCCGAGUACGGUUCGCUCGCCGCAAGCUUGCCUGGUUGUAAUGACCGCCAUCGGAGUGAACCAACCCCACAGAAGUUAGCGCUUGUAAUUGACGGACAGGCUCUCGAUUAUGCUAUUUGCCCUCAAUUGCGUAGCCUGUUCUACCAAGUUACCCAUCGAUGUGCGUCAGCCGUGAUUUGCUGCCGCGUGUCUCCCAAGCAGAAGGCUGAUAUCGUUGAGCUUGUUCGCGAAUUUGAGCCGGAGAGCGUGACACUUGCAAUCGGAGAUGGAGCAAAUGACGUAGCAAUGAUUCAGGCAGCCCAUAUUGGUGUGGGCAUUUCUGGUCAAGAAGGAGCACAGGCUACGAACGCCUCGGACUAUGCUCUAGCGCAGUUUCGCUUCCUACGUCGGCUUCUGUUUGUGCAUGGUCGAUGGGCCUACCGUCGAGUGGCCAAACUCAUGAGCUAUAUGCUUUACAAGAACGUGACCUAUGUGCUCACUACCUUCUGGUUUGGAUGCUUCUGUGGGUUUUCAGGUCAGCCACUCAUUCUGGAUGUAGCCGCACAAAGUUUCAACGUGCUUUACACAAGCGUGCCAUUGGUACUCUUUGCUGUCUUCGACCAAGACGUUUCUUCCUCGAGUGCGUUUAAGUUUCCGAACCUGUAUGCACUCGGCCAGAAGAAUGUUUUGCUGGCACGUCGCGUGUUUUGGCCUUGGAUAUUCAACGGUAUUUGGCACUCAAUUGUAAUCUUCUUCGUUUCUACUUGGGGCUUUGAGGGCUUCAGUUUAAGCAUCCACGAUUUUCCGGUCAUUGCUACGGAGACAGGAAAAAGUGGUGGCCUUGUCACAUUGGGAUUUGUGGUGUUCACGAAUCUUGUAAUUGUCGUAAACCUAAAGCUGUGCCUUGAGACGUUCCUGCUAACAUGGCAGUUCCUGCUUACAGUUACUGUAUCUAUACUGUUGUGGUUUGCUGUUGGGUCCUUGAUCUCGCUGCCAAAUACUGGGUUCCCACAAGCCACUGGCGAAAUGGAGUACCUUCAAAAGUUGCCGACUUUCUGGCUUGUAUGCCUCCUUGUGCUAUCACUAAGCCUUUUGCGUGACGGUCUGUGGAAACUCGUACGCCGGCUUUUGCUGCCUUCUAUGUAUCACAUUUUGCAGGAACGCGAUUUAAUGGGUUUGCCAAAUUCGCCUCGGGGCAUACUGCGCGAGCACCGUCGAUCUGCGUCCAAUUUGGCCUGGUCUGAUAUGCCAACAACUACAGAUGUACACUACAAUCGACCUUUCGACAAUAGUUCACGGUCGGAAACUCCAGAAGAAAGUCUGAUGCGGUCUUCUCCUCUUGGUGAGAGAUUAAUCACAUCCCCCUUUCCUGGAACAUUCAGUACAGGGGGUUCUGAUCGUGCAGCAGAUAUUUCAGUCCGAGAGAAGAAGCGCAAUAUUCGCAUCCGCGGGCCUUGUCAUGCCACAGGUAGCAAUGAUAGCUUCAGCACAGGAGCAGAACCAUCCUUUUUGAAAUCUCCCGGAUCUGUUGCUGCCACAACCACAGGACGCAUAACAGCCGCAGCUUCAGGAGGCUCGUAUCAUGGUUACGCAUUUUCAGAGGACGAGAAUGUUGAUAGUGACGUCGAGGCAGCAUCCUCUGGGCUUGACGAAACUAGGACAUUCGGAGCGCAAGCAUCGAUUAAGAAAGUUCUUAAAUCAGUUCGUGGUACAAAGUAUGCAUAA